GCUUCUUCCAGCUCUCCACCCAUCUGCGUGUCAGCCUGCGCUGCAACCGACCUCGAUUUUCUACGGCUAUUUUUAUUAUUGUUGUCAUUGGUAAACACCACACAUCUGCCUACCCAGCCUGGUUUCCCAUUGGCUGACGGGAUUGUCUAUCGCAGUACUUCCGUCCGUUUGGCCACUUUUGAUUGGCCGACGCUCCUCUUUUUUUUCCUCUUCUUCGCGGCGGUGGGUCGGAGCCGCUGUGUCCCCGGUCUGGCACGUUCCUAGCCAAAUUCUCCACGGUGUAAAAUUGGAUCCCCCCUUUUUCACAAAACCAAAAAAAAUCCCCCUUUCAAUUCCCCGCAACCGCUUACACGUUUCCGCCUUACACACAUCUCCAAAUCUCCACCAGAUACCUCUGAAAAUGGCGGUGGUAAGCGGGAUGUUGGGGUCGGCUGUAGCCCGGCUGGAGGGCCGAGAAUUCGAGUAUCUCAUGAAGAAAAGGUCGGUCACCAUCGGCCGGAACUCCUCGCAGGGUUCGGUGGACGUUAGCAUGGGACACUCCAGCUUCAUCUCCCGGCGGCACCUCGAAAUCUUCACCGCGGGAGAAGAUGGCACUGGCACGGGAGAAUUCUAUCUCCGCUGCCUCGGAAAAAACGGGGUGUUUGUUGAUGGGGUGUUCCAGAGAAGAGGGGCUCCACCUCUCCAGCUUCCACGAAUGUGUUGUUUCCGCUUCCCCAGCACCAGUAUAAAGAUCACGUUCACAGCCCUGUCCAAUGACAAGAAGGAGCCAAGGAACGUGCCGGAAUCACCGGUCAAGCCCGUCCAGCCCCAAAUUUCCCCACUGACCAUCAACAUUCCAGACAACAUCGCCCACCUCAUGAGCCCACUGCCUUCACCCACUGGCACCAUCAGCGCGGCAAACUCCUGUCCAUCAAGUCCGCGGGGGGCGGGACUCUCCAGCUACAGGACAGGCCGUGUCCUGGCCUCUGACCUAAUAGACAACUCCCAAUCAGAAAAUGACAAAGAAGCCUCAGGUGAAGACAGCCCAAAGGACGACUCUAAACCUCCGUAUUCUUAUGCACAACUAAUAGUCCAAGCUAUCACCAUGGCCCCAGAUAAACAGCUAACUCUGAAUGGAAUAUACACCCACAUCACCAAGAACUACCCCUACUACAGAACAGCUGACAAAGGCUGGCAGAACUCGAUCCGCCAUAACCUGUCCCUGAACCGGUACUUCAUCAAAGUGGCCCGCUCUCAGGAGGAGCCGGGCAAAGGCUCCUUCUGGAGGAUCGACCCCGCAUCCGAGGGCAAGCUGAUAGAACAGGCUUUCAGGAAGCGCAGGCCCAGGGGGGUUCCCUGCUUCAGGACUCCUGUGGGACCUCUCUCCUCCAGGAGUGCUCCAGCUUCUCCUAACCACACAGGGGCACUGUCUGCCCACUCCAGUGGGGUCCAGACGCCAGACAGCCUGUCAAGAGAGGGCUCCCCAGUCCCCAUGGAUCCAGAGCCAACCCCACCGCCAGCCCCCGCCCAAACCACUACAGUCCAGCCCAAACUCGCUGUCAUCCAAGAGGCCCGCUUUGCACAGAACUCCCCUGGCUCCCCCCUCAACAACCAGCCAGUAUUGAUCGCCGUGCAGCGCCAGAUGCCUCAAACGACCAUGAAGCCUGUGACCUAUGCCAUGGCGACACCAGCCAUAGUAACGACGUCAGUUAGCUCCGCCCCCGUCAUGCAGACGGUGCACGUUGUCCACCAGAUCCCAGCUGUCACUAUGGCAACCGUUGCCGGACAGCCCGCUGCUACAGUGAGCACAGAACCUCAGGAGAAUGGAGGUGGAGAGCACCAAGAGAUCAAAGUCAAAGUGGAGCCGGUUCCAUCCAUCACAGCCUCGUCUAUAGGUGGAGUCAGUCGCAUCAUCCAGAGCUCCCAGGCUGCACCUCUGACGACAGUCACCAUCGUGCAACAAGCCCCACUCGGGCAGCACCAGCUCCCAAUAAAGGCCAUCACACAAAACGGGACCCAUCUGGUCCCCAUCGGUACUGCUGCUAGCACAGCAAAUUGGUGCAGUAAUCUGGAGCUUCAACACAAGCAAAACGCACGCCAGGCAAAUUGUGUGCUUCCACAUCUCCAAGUACUCAUUUCAGAGAGAGAUGGGAGACAGGGCAGGCAUUUCACAGUCCUCGUUGAGCCCCGUUGCAAACCCUCUUCACCUCCUGGCGGCCCACGCCUCAGCCUCGGCGUCCCUCCCUACCAAGAGGCAGAACGGAGAACUGCAAGACCAACCCGAAUCAAAGAAGGUGAAGACGGAGGUGGAAGAGGAGGGCGGAGCAGCGGUUGCCAACAACAACGGCACCACGGACAGAGCCGGAGAAGGAGGGGUCUGUGAGCAGAUCGGUGACAAGUAGCCCCCCCACUCACCCACCCUCGAUAUGCCUACUGACCCCUGCUCUCCUGUACACAUUGAGCCUCACCCCCCUCCCUCACUCUCACCCCCCUCCAUCCUACCUGGUUAUCAUCUAUCUCCAAGGUGCCAAAAAGAGAAGAGAUGCGGAAACACCUGCGGAACUACAGAAUGUUCAAAACGUCCUCCUCAACGCCCCCCCGCCUGCCUCAGCCUCCUCUUCCAUAUAUUUAAGACCACGGAAUACGAUGCAAAAACUAAUGACCAAAUUGAAAAUGGAGUUGGAGAGUUGCUGAUGACUGUGAAUCCCUGAAGUUUGAGACCCAGAUGGCAAAGAAGAAGCACAGGAAGAAAUUAAAAAAUCCAGAUUUCCAGAUCAGAAAUGACUUAAUGGACAACAAGGAGUCCUAAAGACGGAAAGGAGCCUCAUCCUGGUAGCAUUACAGACAAGCGCUUAACUGUGUCGGAUAGAAAAAAAGCAACCGAGUGAAAUCACCAGUAGUGUAUUCCGCAAAGGGAAGUGUGUGUACGUAUGUACGUGUGGACAUUCCCAUCUUCGGCAGCUAGCCUCCAUGUCGACCUACCUAACCCAGUUGUGAGUAGAUAUGCAGUAUUCUGUUGUACAAGUGUAUCUUUGGAUCUUUUUUGAGUGUUUCUCCGUUUCCCAAGGCACAGAUAAUAUCUAGUAAUAAUUAAGAUAACUAAAAAGCUAUAAGUGGGGUCUUUAAGAACAUUUAAACAUCACGACAUGAUAUUUUGGGAAUCCUUUUUUUUUUGUUGUUGUUUUUGUAUGUGGACUCUUUGUUCAGUGAAAUGAAUGUAGUCUCCUUUUUUCCUUUUAAAGAAAAACACUAUCUACAGAGUGGAUGUUCUUUUUUCUGCUCAUUCAUGCAAAAUGAAAUUUCUUUAUCACUGUACAUCUACAGAUUUUUUCAUAUUUUACAAAUAUCCUAUGAGAUAAAAAAGUAUAUUCCCAUGCGUAUUUGACCAUAUGCUUCAUUGAGCUUGCAUGUUACGGAUCUAGAGACAAUGUACUUGAGCAGAUUAUCUGAAUAUGGAACUGAAGAAAAUUUAGACUGAGUCUACGCUAUAUGAUUCUGACCAGUGCUGCACUUAACCCUCUUAGUUGUUUUUCGUUUCCUUUUGUAUUUUCAUUUGCUCCGUUUUGAUUUCCCCUCUCAUCAUGGGCUGUGUUUGUUACCUUUUGUGUUGAAGUUGGCAGUCUCUUUGCUUGAUUUAUUUUAUUCUGUUCAGGCUACUAAACAGUCUAUUCAGAUUGAAUUCUAUGUUACACGAGGAAAAACAAGUGAUAGGUGUUUGUUCUGCUUCAGUGGGUAAAUGCUUUUUUUUUAUAAAUUUAUUUAAAACACUUAACCUCUUAGUUUGUAUUUCUUUGAGUAAAAGCCUUCUCUGCUGGGCGAAUGCAAACUCA